CCAGGUCCAUCUGUCGCCACCAGAAUUCUAGAGCACAGUUAAGGGUCUGCGGUAGGGGGUUGCUUGUGCUGGGGUUCUGUUUUUUAACAUGUGUACUGGGAUGCGAUACUUCGGAAUCUCAGAGGCAGAUGGACAGCAUUUGGCGAAGACUUGGAGGCGGGCAGGAGUUCAGAGUCCUAAAUUCAAGGUUUGCCUGCUGCUAUCAGGGAACAUGGACCUUCAUUGUGAAGGCGCUGGGUUGUCAGGGUGGAGACAGGGAGACCUUUGGGCAUGAAAAUCCAGUGGACUAACGCACGGGGUUGGUGGGUCUGUAACAAAGAGGUGACAACAGAGGAGGAGAUGAUUGAUCUAAUCUCGGAUGGAUUUUGAAAACUGAGCCGAUAGGACUUCCUGCUCAUCAGAUGUAUCUGUGAAAGAAAGUAGAGGAAAAAGGACCAUUCUAGUGUUGCGACCCCCUCACCCUUCCCAUACCCAUUUGGAGGGAUGGAUGUAGGGGAGCUUGUGUAAGGAGUACGUUUCAGGUACUUAGAUGGAUUUUGGCCAUGGUGAUCUUGAGAUGCUCAGAAUGAAAAGUAUCACUUAGUCUGCUCACUAACAGCUGGAAUUUGAGGAAGGACCUGACUAGGGGGUAACGAAAGGGUGGUCAGUGGAGACCAGGGCCAACACAACUCCUGGGCUCCUGUGUAGGAAGGAGAAUUUUAAGAUUUUUGUCUUGUUCUGUUUUGAGUGGACCCUGAGGUGAAGGAAGGGUGAGAUGGGGCUGGAGGGUGGGUUUGUUUCCACAGUGGUGGAGUCCCAUGGACUGAUGUGUUUCUAGCUGGGUUACCACAGGGUUAGAAGGUUUGAAUAUAUAAGCAUUUUGGACUGAGAGGGAGAUCUAGGUGUUGAGUGGUAGGGCUUGACUUGGUAGGCCUUCAUGCCCACUCCCUGAGGAAAAAGGGAAGAUUCCUGUUGAUGCAGAGAUACCUAGAGACCACGAAGAGUGCCCUGUGGCCUUUAAGGAUGUGGCUGUCUACUUCUCAAGGGAGGAAUGGACACUGCUUGAUGAUGCUCAGAGGCUCCUAUACCGAAGUGUGAUGCUGGAGAACUUUGCACUUAUGGCCUCUUUGGGAUUUGUCCAUUCUACGAGUCAUGGUAUCACUCAGCUGGAGUCCUGGGAAGAGCCCUUUAUGACUGCAAUAAGAUUCCUGACUCCAGGUUGGUGGCAUGAAGCUGAGGCUGGAAAGGCCCCCUUUCAGCAGACUGGUUCUACAGAUGGAGAGCUUAGUGCCACCCUGCACCAGCAGCAUAUGCUGACAUGUGCUGAGAAACCCGUACAGAAAGAAGACGGCAGGACCCUAGUUUUCAAGAGUCUACUCAAGAAGAGUUUGCAAAGCAGAGUCAAUGGGAUGGAUGUUCAAACCAAUACAGAUCUCCUCAGGCAUCAGGUGAUUUACAGUGGUGAGGAGCCACCCAGGAGCAUGGAGAGCGGAAAGGCCUGUCACACCGAGAACAGGAGCUACAGAUGCAGUGACUGUGGCAGAACCUUCAGUCAGAAUUCUGUGCUUAUUCAGCACCAGAGAAUACACACUGGAGAAAAGCCUUACGAAUGCGGUGAAUGUGGGAAACUAUUUAGCCAUAAAUCUAACCUUGUGGUACACCAGACAAUUCACAGCGGAGAAAGGCCUUAUGUAUGUGCUGAAUGUGGGAAAUCCUUCAGCCGAAACACCUAUCUUAUUCAACACUGCAGAGUUCAUAGUGGACACAAGCCUUUUAAGUGCAGUGAGUGUGGAAAGGCUUUCAGGCAUAACUCCACACUUGUGCAGCACCACAGAAUCCACACCGGAGUAAAGCCUUAUGAAUGUGGGGAAUGUGGGAAAGUCUUCAGCUUCAACUCCAGCCUCGUGAAACAUCAGAGACGUCACACUGGAGAAAGGCCUUAUAAGUGCACUACAUGUGGAAUGACUUUCAGGUAUAACUCCUCACUUGUUGAACAUCAGAAAGUUCACACUGGAGAAAGGCCUUAUAAGUGCAGCAGAUGUGGCAAAUCAUAUAGUCAUAGGUCCAGCCUUAAAAAUCACUGGCGAGUUCACACUGGAGAAAAGCCCUAUGAGUGCCGUGAAUGUGGAAAAUCAUUCAGGCAACAUUCUAGCCUUUUUGAUCAUUGCCGAGUGCAUACAGGAGAAAAGCCUUUUGGGUGCAGUGAAUGUGGGAAGUCUUUUAGCAAGAACUCUAACCUCAAGCAACACCUAAAAGUUCAUAUCAGACCAAAGCCUUUCAAGUGCAAUGAAUGUGGGAGAAUCUUCACCAUGUAUUACAGCCUCAUUAAACAUGAGAGAGCUCACAUUGCACCAAAGCGUCACAAGUGCAGGGAAUGUGGGAAAGUUUAUCGCUACAGUUCUGGCCUUUCCAAACAUCGGAAGAUUCACACUGGAUAAAUUCAUCAUGAGUGUGGGAAGUCCUUUAGUGGUCCAACCUGAAUACACACCAGAAAGUUCAUCAGACAGACAUCUUGAGUGCUUCAAAUGUGCAGAGCCUUCACCCAGACCUCCAACUUAUUAAAGGUGGAGAAGUCACAGUGCUCAGAUGCAUCAUGAAUGAUCUAAUUAGGGAAGUCUUUAAGCAAAAAUCUGGUCUGACUAGCAACAUAAACACAACCCAGACAGGGUUUAUGAAUGCAGAGGAUAUGGAGAAAAGCUUCAGCCAUUGGCCUUGAUGGAAAUGGAUUUGAUGACAACCUUGUUCAUCUUUAGGCUUGAACUAGACUUAAAACAGAAGUUCUGAGUAACCUUUGUGAGGGAUCCAACAGUUGACUAUUCCUCAUCAGAUGGGCACGUCGAGACAAGGUGAGGAUUGCAACCAUCCUGCUCUUCCCAUGACCCCAGGGAACUCAGGGAGAGCUACCUUUGUUUUCUUGACUAUACCAAUCUGGAGCAGAGUUUCAAUCUUACUGAGUUUGGACAGGGAAGAUCAGAGUGGCUUUGAUGUAUAUAUGACUGAUGCAUUCUCUUCUCACUGAAAUAAAUGCAUUCUCCUUGAAUAAA